AUGGUUAAAACUGCGAUUCGAUGUCUGAAAGAUCGAAAAGGAGCAUCUUCUGCUGCCAUUCGAAAGUAUAUUGAGACUCAUUAUGAAGUGGAUAUGACAUACAUUAAACCGCACUUGCGAAAGUUCUUGAAUAAAGCUGUGGAUUUAGGAAUUCUGGAGCGAACCAGUGGUACUGGAUCAAACGGCAGGUUUAAAUUGGUGAUCGAAUCCAAGAAAAAUGACAUGAAGGCAGCCAUACCGAAGAAAGACAUCAAAUUUGGAAAGAAGACGAAAGAACUUGAAAGACCUAAAGCAGUAAACAUUUCAUCUAAGUACACUAUUGAAGAACGAGAUUCGAUAGAUAACAUCCGAAAUAUUAUAAGGUCAAGAAGUUCACUCAAAAAUGAAGGAAAGCAAGAAGGUGUUAGAAAUAUAACGUUGCAAGAAGGCCCUCAAAAGGAUGAAAAGAAAGACGUUAAGAAUGCUAAUGAUCAAAACCAAUUAGAAGAAGAUGUGAAGAAAAAUACUUUAGUCCAGCAAGAUGUGCAAGCAAAAAACAUCAGGUAG